CUUCCGCCCGCCCCAUCAGCGCUCACGCGGCAGCUGAGCAGAAGGAGGCGCGGACGCGACUUCGGGAAUGCGCAGGGCCCCCGCCUCGCCCCCCCAGCCCGGGCCGCGGCCCCCGCCUUCCCCGCCGCCGCCCGGCGCUCCGUGCCCGCCCCUCGAGGCCGGCGGCUGCUCCCACCCGGGGCUGCUGAUGUUUGUGCCGUGAGCACCGCCCAGCCAUUGUCCCUGCCACUCCGUCAGCCGCUCCGGGCCGCGCACCGGGAGGCGAGGGCGCGCAUGGGGAGCCUCCGUUGAUGCCGCCGCCGCCGCCGCGCCGCCCUCCGAGGCUGCCUCCCGGGAAUCCCGGCUCCCUGAGCGCUCCGGCCCGGCUCAGCGCCCCGGACCUGAGUGCGUCCCCAUGGAGGCGCCCGGGCUGGCCCAGGCGGCCGCGGCGGACAGCGACCCCCGAGAGGUGGCGGGGGGGAGCCCCGACGGGGCGCCCGCACUCUGCCCCAGCCCGGAGGCGCGGUCGCCAGAGUCGCCCGCCUACCGGCUGCAGGACUUCGACACGCUGGCCACCGUGGGCACCGGGACGUUCGGGCGGGUGCACCUGGUGAAGGAGAAGACCGCCAAGCAUUUCUUCGCCCUCAAGGUGAUGAGCAUUCCCGACGUCAUCCGCCUGAAGCAGGAGCAGCACGUGCACAAUGAGAAGUCCGUCCUGAAGGAAGUCAGCCACCCGUUCCUCAUCAGGCUGUUCUGGACGUGGCAUGACGAGCGCUUCCUCUACAUGCUCAUGGAGUACGUGCCGGGCGGCGAGCUCUUCAGCUACCUGCGCAACCGGGGCCGCUUCUCCAGCAGCGCGGGGCUCUUCUACUCAGCGGAGAUCAUCUGUGCCAUCGAGUACCUGCACUCCAAGGAGAUCGUCUACAGGGAUUUGAAGCCGGAGAAUAUCCUGCUGGACAGGGAUGGCCACAUCAAGCUCACGGACUUCGGCUUCGCCAAGAAGCUGGUAGACAGGACGUGGACCCUGUGCGGAACACCCGAGUACCUGGCCCCCGAAGUCAUUCAGAGCAAGGGCCACGGGAGGGCCGUGGACUGGUGGGCCCUCGGCAUCCUGAUAUUCGAGAUGCUCUCGGGGUUUCCUCCAUUUUUUGAUGACAACCCAUUUGGCAUUUAUCAGAAAAUUCUUGCAGGCAAAAUAGAUUUCCCCAGACAUUUGGAUUUCAGCGUAAAAGACCUCAUUAAGAAGCUGCUCGUGGUUGACAGAACAAGGCGGUUAGGAAACAUGAAGAACGGGGCGAAUGACGUGAAGCGCCAUCGGUGGUUCCGGUCCGUGGACUGGGAAGCUGUUCCGCAGAGAAAACUGAAGCCUCCCAUUGUGCCCAAGAUCUCUGGCGACGGCGAUACCUCCAACUUCGAAACGUAUCCCGAGAAUGACUGGGACGAAGCCGCUCCCGUGCCGCAGAAGGAUUUAGAAAUCUUCAAGAAUUUCUGAGGACAGGAGCUCACAUCUGGAAGAAACAGGAAGAUUGGAAUGUGCCUGGAACGAAGAACUGCACCUAAGCAGACCAGAAGAAAUGUCUUCUUCAUGUGACAAGGACAUUUCCAGUUUCUUGUGUGCCCGUAUGUAUAGAAACAUCAGAGCACAGUUGAAAUGAAUGGAACGGUCGUUAAUUUAAGCAACUGGAAUUCCACACUGUAGGAAGGGUUUGAAAACUCGUUGUAGAUUUGAUCUUAUCCUUUAGUGUCGUGCUCCUACUGUGAUGUCUUGGUUUUUCUCAUAGACUUGUUUAUAAGUUUGAACUGGACUUGUUCAAUUAUAACCACAUUUUGUGUGUGUGUUUGUGUGCGUGUGCGUGCCUGUGUGUAUAUAUAGAAGUCAUUGUGGCAGAUGCACAGAAAUUGUGCAGUGAUAUAAAUGUUCAUACUUCACAGAGCCUAUAAUUAUUAUUUUUCAAUUUGUUUUUUCAACAAUCUCUUGGGGACAACAUCUGAAGGGUAUGUUGCAUGCAUUUAAAAAAAAAAAAAUCAUCUCAUAUGCAUUUUGUAGUUUGGGGGAAGAAAAUAUCCUGGGGAGAUCUACCUUCAGUAUCUUUAGUGCUUCCUACCUGGUAACUUGAGACUUUCAAAGAAGAAACUGAGAGAAGAUACGGGAGUGAAUUUUAUUCCGAGAAUCUACAAGGACAUCGAAGUUUUUGGAGGAAUGUACUGUAUUCAAAAAACCUUCUGUGUCACAUCCAAAAAUUUCAUGUGAGCUGUGUGCAGUGGCUUGUUCCUGUAGUCCCAGUACUUGGGGAGGCUGAGGUGGGUGGAUUGCUUAAGGCCAGGAGUUUCAGAGCAGCCUGGGCAACAUAGGGAAACCCUGUCUCUACAAAAUUUACCAAAAAUCAGUUGGUGUAGUGGUACAUGCCUGUAGUCCCAGCUAUUCAGGAGCCUGUGGUGGGAGGCUGGCUUGAGCUCAGGAUGUUGAGGCUGCAGAGAGCCGUGAUUGCUCCACUGUACACCAGUCUGGAUAACAGCGCAAGACCUUGUC